GCGUGCCCUAGCCUCAAAACGGUGGGUACUCUCCCUGCACUCGGGCCGGCGACAUGGCGGUCCUCGGAGUGCAGCUGGUGGUGACCCUGCUCACCGCCACCCUCAUGCACAGGCUGGCGCCCCACUGCUCCUUUGCACGCUGGCUGCUCUGCAAUGGCAGUCUGUUCCGGUACAAGCACCCAUCCGAGGAGGAGCUGCGAGCCCUAGCCGGGAGACCGAGGCCCAGAGGCAGGAAGGAGCGGUGGGCCAAUGGCCUUGGCGACGAGAAGCCACUAUUGGUGCCCCGAGACGCCCCAUUCCGGCUGGAGACCUGCCCCCUGACCACCGUGGACGCCCUAGUGCUGCGCUUUUUCCUGGAGUACCAGUGGUUCGUGGACUUCGCCGUGUACUCGGGCGGCGUGUACCUGUUCACAGAGGCCUACUACUGCGUGCUGGCGCCAGCCAGGGAGACCAACAUCGCCGUGUUCUGGUGCCUGCUCACCGUGGCCUUCUCCAUUAAGGUGUUCUUGACGGUGACCCGGCUGUACUUCAGUGCCAAGGACAGUGGCGAGCGCUCCGUCUGCCUCACCUUUGCCUUCGUCUUCCUCCUCCUGGCCAUGCUGGUGCAGGUGGUCCGGGAAGAGACCCUGGAGCUGGGGCUGGAGCCAGGCCUGGCUAGCAUGAUCCACAACCUGGAGCCACUCCUGAAGAAUCAGGGCUGGGACUGGGCGCUCCCCGUGGCCAAGCUGGCCCUCCGCGUGGGGCUGGCCGUGGUGGGCUCCGUGCUGGGCGCCUUCCUCACCUUCCCCGGCCUGCGGCUGGCCCAGACCCACCGGGAUGCGCUGACCAUGUCGGAGGACCGGCCCGUGCUGCAGUUCCUCCUGCACGCCAGCUUCCUGUCUCCCUUGUUCAUCCUGUGGGUGUGGACGAAGCCCAUUGCCCGAGACUUCCUGCGCCAGGCGCCCAGCGGGGAGGCCCCCUUCUCCCUGCUGUCGGACUCGGGCUUCGACUCCCUGCGCCUCUGGGUGCUGGUGGCGCUGUGCCUGCUGCGGCUGGCGGUGACCCGGCCGCACCUGCAGGCCUACCUGUGCCUGGCCAAGUCCCGCGUGGAGCAGCUGCGGAGGGAGGCGGGCCGCAUCGAGGCCCGUGAGAUCCAGCAGCGGGUGGUCCGGGUCUACUGCUAUGUGACGGUGGUGAGCUUGCAGUACCUGACGCCGCUCAUCCUCACGCUCAACUGCACGCUGCUGCUCAAGACCCUGGGUGGCUACUCUUGGGGCCUGGGCCCAGCCCCCGCACUGUCACUCGCCCUGUCCCCAGCCAGUGCGACCCCUGUCCUGCCCGGGGAGGACGAGGCCCAGCAGACGGCGGCGCAGAUCGCAGGGGCCCUGGGCGGCCUGCUGACGCCCCUCUUCCUCCGGGGCGUCCUGGCAUACCUCAUCUGGUGGACGGCCGCCUGCCAGCUGCUGUCCAGCCUGCUGGGCCUCUACUUCCACCAGCACCUGGCCGGCUCCUAGCGCCGCCCUCGUGGGCCUGAGGUCGGGCCCUCAGCUGUGGACUCAGUGUGCCUCGGUGUCCCCAGCUGCAAGACGGGCUCCCGCUGCCCAUGUCCCCCUCACCACGGUGCCUGGCCCUGACCCCCUGUGGACUCCUGGGAACUGGCUCCCCUGCCCCAGGCAAGCCACUGUUGUCGCCAAGCGUGUGCAUGCAAGGUUUGAGUGGCAGCUGCCCUCUGGAUGAAUAAAGGAGAAAGCAGCGUUUUCAAAUGGGAUCCCAGGGGCGUGGGGAGUGGCACGCACAGGUGAUGGCUUCCUGCA